AAUUCUCAGUGAUGCCAGAAUUCUCAGUGAAAAUCAUUUGACUGAAUUACAUAAGGAUUCAUUUGAAGGCCUGCUCUCCCUCCAGCAUUUAGAUCUAUCCUGUAAUAAAAUACAGGCCAUUGAAAGACGCACAUUUGAAGCGCUGCCUUUUUUGAAGUCUCUAAAUCUUCGUUGCAACUUAAUCAGUGAAGUGAGCUUCGGAACAUUUCAGGCAUGGCACGGGUUUCAAUUUCUAAAUGAGUUAAUUCUCAAUCAUAAUCCUCUGACUACUGUUGAAGAUUCACAUCUUUUUAAAUUGCCAGCAUUAAAAUAUCUAGACAUGGGAGCAACACAAGUGUCACUUACAACAAUUGAGAACACCAUCCUGAUGUCUCUCGAAUUGGAAAAACUGUAAGUUUUUUUUUAGAUUUAUUUUCAAUUAGUUUUGGGGUUGUUUUCUUGUUUUCUUAAGUCAGG